AUAGGAGAUGUGUGUCAGUGUGUAGCAUUGUGUCACCCUGUGCAGACAUACAUCACAUAUCACUGCUCCUGUAGGAGUCUACAAUGUAUCAGGGGCUGGAUCACCGCCUCCAAUCCUUUCUCUUCUCUCAUCCCAGGCAUCGCUGAAGCACAGCAGGAAGAGCACAAGCCUGACUGGGACCCUCCGCGUUCAGGUUUUCUGCUGAGGAUCGUGUAAUGACCUCAAAUGUCGUCAAAGCAGCUUCUCCAUUGGCUAGCGCUGUGACAGGUGCGAUGGAGCUGUCUGUGGCUCAGUGGCUUCUCGUCCUCUGUCUGGUGGCUUUCCCUCUCCUCUACGAAUGGAGCAUCUCCUUCAAGUACUUCUGCAAAAUGGCUUUCUAUAAUGGCUGGAUCCUGACGUUGGCCAUACUGGCUAUCCCUAUAUGUGCCGUUAGGGGGCGCAAUGUGGAGAAUAUGAAGGUGCUGCGGUUCAUGCUCCUGCAUAUUAAAUAUCUCUACGGGAUAAAGAUCGAGGUCCGAGGCUGGGAGAACUUCGACAUUAAGGAGCCGUAUGUGGUUGUGUCAAAUCACCAGAGUUCCCUGGAUCUGCUGGGAAUGAUGGAGAUCUUGCCGGGUCGCUGUGUGCCCAUCGCCAAACGUGAGCUCAUGUAUGCUGGCACCGCCAGUCUGGCAUGCUGGUUGGCUGGAGUCAUUUUCAUCAACCGUAAAAAGACGGACGAUGCCAUCAGCGUGAUGACGGAAGCGGCGGAGACCAUGCUGAAGGAGGACGUACGUGUGUGGGUAUUCCCAGAGGGCACCAGAAAUCACAAUGGCUCUCUCCUGCCAUUCAAACGAGGAGCCUUUCACCUGGCUGUGCAAGCUCAGGUCCCGGUUAUUCCCAUCAUCAUGUCUUCCUAUAAGGAUUUCUACAGUAAGAAAGACAAAAGGUUUUCAACAGGGAAGUGUGCAGUGCAGAUCCUCCCGGGCGUGUCCACCAAAGGCCUGUGUGCCGACGACGUUCCUGAACUUGCCGACAAAGUCCGAGGGAUGAUGCUUGAGACUUUUACCGAAAUCUCAAAUGAGCGCACAGGAAAAGAACCUGGCGGUGGAUAUUGAUCCCCCUUCUACCAUCAUUUUAUUGUCAUCGUUGGCCAGGGAACACCCCCCAUACCGGAGACACCAGGAGGAAGGACCCGUCUAGAGGAAGAGGAGAGAGAGCAAAAACCAUUUCAAAACAAAACC